CCAAAAGUUGUGUGUGCUUCAGUGGGAAAGUGAAAAACUGUGCAGUGCAACAAAACAAUCAAAACAUCCGUGAACGACACAGCGCGCAUCCGCCAGUGUGUGCGUACCCGACAGGAUGGAGCGAAUGGAUGUGGAUGAUACGGUGGUAGAUCUGAGCCUCGGUUCCGGCCGGUCGUCGCUCUCGAUCACGCCGUCGACGGCACGCGACCUAAGAAAUUUGGCCAAAAACUCCGGCCUCACCAUCACCCCUGCUCUGCCGCCAAUGGUGGAACCACAUUCCAACUCAUGCUCAUCGUCGUCGCUCGGCCACAGUGCCGCUAUCAGCGGCCAUGGGAACGGUGGACCACAGGGAGCGGCAGGAGUAAGCUCGAUGGGCAACACGUCGCCCAUCCCGGGGCGCCGUGUCCUGCGGCCACGCACCGAGGUGAAAUCGUACGCGGAAGUGCCGGACAUUGUGCUGUUACCGGCGAAGGUGAAUGGUCGCUCGCAGAACGGUGGUGGCGGUGCCGGUUGCAAUAGUGCCGGUACCGGGCUGUCCGAGUCCGAGGACGAAGAGAUGCCCCCGGUCUACCCCAUCAAAGAGCUGUCACCGUCCGAAAUCUGGGAGCGGGAGCGUGGCCUGCGAAAGCUGCGCGAGGAACUUCGAAGCGAAGAAACGAAGCUGGUGCUACUGAAAAAGCUGAAACAAUCGCAGCAGGUCAUGAUGAAGGAGAACCUGAUCGUCACACCGACGAACGUGAACCAACUGUCCAAUCCGUUGGCCGCCAUUCCGGCUGCCCUGACCAAGGGUUCACUGAGUGUGACCCCGACCAAUGCCGUCCCGCUGCCGGCACACUCGAAAUCAUCGUCAAACAAACCGCUCAACAAUCCUCCAAAUAAUCGAGGCUCACCGUUGCACAUAACGCCGGUUCCGAAGGGAAUUACCCAAAGACCAUCGUUGCCAGGAGGUGCCACCCUGACACCGAGCAGCCCCGGCCAGCGGUUACCGAUCAGUCUGACCCGGGCCGGUUCCAAUCUCACCAUCACACCGUCGGUGACGAUAACACCGACCAACGCACCCACCGCAGCCAUGAAGCAGCGCAAUCUUCAGAACUUAGGGCAGCUUAGCAGUUCCGUGUCGAUCACUCCAACGCCACCGAUACCGGCGCAAAUCAGCUGUACCACCGUAGAACCGGUUUCGCUUAAGCGAGAUCGCGACCAAGUGAUCAGAGAGGAUCCGCAAAGUCAAGCUCAAAGGCAAGCAUCGGCAAAAUUGGCGCUUCGCAAACAGUUAGAGAAAACCUUGCUUCAGAUUCCUCCGCCGAAGCCUCCGCCACCAGAAAUGCACUUCGUGCCGAAUCCGAGCAAUAUCGAAUUUGUUUAUCUGCUCGGCCUGGAACACGUCGUUGACUAUCUGACUAAAGACAAGAAACCGAACCCACCGCAACAACCGUAUCGUUGCGCGCAGUGCAAGAUCGACUUUACGCCCGUGUGGAAAUGGGAAAAACAGGGUAAAAGAGGAAAUCCCACUUUUCAGAACAGUCCAGUCGGUAAAGAUCCAAAGGUCAUCUGCGAGCAGUGCGUAACGAGCAACGUGAAGAAGGCAUUGAAGGCAGAGCACACGAACCGCCUGAAGACGGCAUUCGUAAAGGCCCUGCAGCAGGAGCAAGAAAUCGAGGCACGGCUCGCGGCCCAAAGUAGUCCAUCGCCAGUGGAGAUUCAUCCUACACCGUCUUCAACGCCCGGCUUGCGUGAGCAGCGCGAACUGCGCGAACUAGAGCAUCAGCAGCAGCAGCAACAACAGGCUCAAGUCGCUGCGCUGCAACAGUUGCAGCAGCAACAGCAGCAGGCAGCGGCCGCCGCUGCCGCUGCUGCAGCCGCCGCUGCCCAACAAGAACGCCAGGAAAGGCAGCAGCGUCAAAAGGAGCAGCAGGAGCAGCUACGCCAGCAGCAGCAACAACUGCAACAACUACAGCAACAGCAAAUACAACAGCAGCAAUUACAGCAACAACAGCUCCAGCAACAACAGCUGCAACAGUUACAAGAGCAGCAGCAACAGCAACAGAGCCGUCAUCAUCAUCUUCAUCAGCUGCACGCCGCCCACCUGCAGUCGCAGGCACCUUCCAAGUCCAAAACGCCCACACCGACUCCACGCCCAACGCCGACGCCACCGAAUCAACACCAGACGCCACCGCCCUCGUCCAGCUCACGUUCCAGUCGCCACAGUGCAACAGCGAAUGCAACGGCCGAAGCAGCCGCUGCCCAGUUGACGGCCCUUGCCGGGCUCGGAGGUCUCGGGCAACUCGGAGCUCUGGGCAACUUUGGCAGCUUGGGUAAUUUGGCGAACCUUAGCAACUCUACCGCAGCGGCCGCUGCCGUCCAGGCGCUUCAUCAACAACUAUUCCGAGGAUUGCAACAAAACAUACAGGCUGGAAAUUUAAACAACCUAAACAGUCUGCAGGCUCAGAUGAUGCAGUUUUCGCCGCUUCUUUAUUCGUAUCAACUGGCCAUGGCGCAGGCAGCUGCUUCUUUAUCGGCGGCCGGCAAGGGAUCGUCGCUCGCGGAUAUUCAGCGUGCGAUGGAAUUGCAUCGGCAGUACCAGGAAAUGCUUUCGCAGUCUGGUCCCGGGCCGAGCAACAGUCGGCAAAACAACUGGAAAUCGUAAUCCCAUACAUCUCGUCUCUCCGUCUUUCCUUCAAUUCCCGUCACCGAAUCCCUUGCGAUGCUACUUUUGCGGUGGAAAAAGAUAUCAGAUCCGCCGUCGGCAUCGUGGGCGAAUGUUCUUAACGAUCUUCGUUUCGUUAGUUGAACUCUGGCUCCCGGGAGCACUCAGACGGGGCAACCCUUGGCGAAAGUCAAGCGCACCACAGCGCGGUGGAACGAAUACGUAAGUUUCAAUUUGAGAACAAAAUGGAACACAGACACGCCACCUUCUGGGGCUGUGCCGGCUACGCGGCAACAUCGCAGACUGACAGGCUUUAUGCUACAAAACGCGUUGAUCAUAUAGCGAGUGAUGUUUUAGUGAUAAGAUAAAUUGUUUAUCCUUUUUUUGUUUGUCUCCCGCUCUGGGUUUUCUCUCGUUCCUCAUUCAGUGCUCCGUAGAAACGAACGGUCGACGGUGGCCACCAUCAGUUUAGAAACUGAGGACAAAAUGGCAUAAACAUUCACUGUUUUUGUUUUUCCUUUUGUUAUGAAUGAAGGAAGUAAUGCGGGAUCGGGAGCAGCAAACAUAGAACGAAGCGAGAGCAUGAAUCUGUGUUUUUUCCUUUGUUAAAUUCAACCUAUCAAGGACUCGUUCACACGCAUCCCGUGCCUUCCGGACGGAUGUCUCAUUUUGCCUUACAAUUAUUACGUUAACCACACCGUAGUUUGCUUCUAGAAUGUGUGUGUGCGUGUUUUCCGUUUCGUUUACUAAUUUUUAGAAGUAACAUUUAGGCACCAUUCGUUUAAGCUGGAAGGGCUUUCCUGUGCAAGUAGCUAACGGAUCGAAUGUGUUUACGAUUAAGUAAACAAACUAUAGGAAGAAUGUAAGGUAUACAUUCAUACGUGCGAUCAGAACCUGAACCUGAACUCAUUAACGAGUCGUUCUCUUUCGAACUUAUACAGCGGUACUGCGCUGUAUGUUCUAAUCUUUUACAGUUCGUUGUGUUCACAUGUUUUUUGACUCGCACUGAGUACAAUAAUUGUUUGUCUGUUAGUGCUACGUGAAAACGUUCGCUUUUGUUUCUGGUAUGGUUUUCUACUUUUCAUAUCGAUCACUCUGUGAACGAAUUCACUGAAUUACACCGCGAGCAUAGCGUUUUAUACAAAAGAAUUAUACAUCGACUGUGGUCGAUUUCGAGUCUAUAAUUUAUCAUCAUUUUUAUUUUGUCAGAAGUGCAUUACUGUUAAAUUGUUUUAAAUCCUGAAACGACCGGAAAAAACGUGGAAAUUAUUUAUGUUUAUUCUUGACGGUAUCAUGUGGGGAUCAUGGCCAUCAGUAUCACAAUUGUUUCGUUUCCUUUAACACUACUCUAUUGCAAUGACGCUUGUGCUCACUGCAUCUUGUUCAGUUAUUUAUACGAUCCAAAAGCUCCCUCAGACAAAACAGUAUCGCAAUAGAGUCCCCUCUUUUAAAGUGUUCUCGACCACAGUCUGCAUUCUGAAUUUGUACCCUAAUUUUUUAACGAUACAUUUUCAGAAGAAAACUUUACAACAACCGUAGAAGAAAAUUACCACAUGAAAUAAUUACAAUUUACUGAAUAGACCGAGAUAUGCAUAAUCCCCUUUUGCAAAGCACGAGUGGAACGAGCCCCGUCCGCGUCCGCUUCAGGCGAAGAAACGCAAAUGACGCAGACGACGUACUUUGCAAAAUUUGUGAUAAACUUCUCGUCUUAACCACCCAACUCGAACGAGAAGGCUUUAAAGUUUGCUCAACAUGCUCGAGAUUUGAUUCUACAAAAUCGAACAACGUACUUCAGUAAUGAUGUUUUCGUGGGAGUAUGCAAAAAUUACAAUUAAUCAAAAGUAAAACGAAUAUUCACCGGAGUGAAAUAUGAGGCAAAACACACAGUCCUAUAAGACGUCGAAACAAAUCCUAUUAAAUUUAAAUUUCCUACAAAAAAAGGCGCAGACCCAUUAUCAAGUAAGACGUGCGGACUAACUAGAGGCGGGCACGGUUUAAUAACCAUCUUAGAAAUUCCAUUCCCACGCAACGCCCCAAGCUCGGUGUUUGCGGCACAUGGGACAUAAAAACUAUUCCUUAACGAAAAUCAAGCGCGUAAGGUAUCUGUGUUGUACAUACGAUGGUUCCGAUAACUCCCGUUCGUUUUUGCCCAUAUAGUUUUUGUUUUGCUUUAAUUUAGCGAGGAACAAAAUCGAAUCCGAGACAUUUCGCACCGAGGUAGUUUUCUGGAGAGGAUGGGCGUCCGUCCGAUGGGAAAGCAAACAGCAAACACGGCUAUAGUACGAAAUGGAGUGGUCCUAAACUAGUGGUGCGUACUAACUGAUAAGCAACUGCAUGGCAAAACAACUAUAGAUUCGGCCCGACACAUUUGGGGCCGAAGAAAACCAAAAGAGCACAUGUGAACGCCUGACGCCACCGGCGGACGGAGCUAACAGCUAAGGAGCCGAAUGGUGUUUGCAUCUCUUGAAAAAGUGUCGUUUCGUCGAUGAGAUAAGGAGAGAAAGAAAGAGAGAGAGAGUUUAGAUAAAAUUAGACAAAGUAAAGGCACCCUAAUUUAAGGAAAGAAAGAAUGAAAAUUUAAGACAUAAAUAUUUUAGGCCAAUAACAAAAACACGUAAGGUUGAUUUAUGAAAGUUGGGCGUAAAAUUAAACCGGCAUAGAGAAGGCCAGCGAAAAUUAGAGGGUGGGUGUUGUGCGAGAGCGAAAUAACAAAGAAAUUCUAAGUAAUAUUUUAAGUCUAGGCUAAAACGAAUUUGGAACGUAUAAAGAAUACGGAGAAUUAUGCACGGAAAAAGUAUGUCACUUGUGUGUUUCUAUUCGGCUCGAAUGUACGUUGACUGUGUGCUCUGCAGAAAAUGGAAAGGAACAGAUAACUAGAGGAAAGAAACGAGAAAUGACACCAGAAUCUUGCGCUAACGACAAAACACAUACACAAGCAAUAGAGCGCAGUGCGAAGCAACACAUUUCGGCUUAACGAAACACUUCAUCAAUCCUCCAAACAAACACUAUACUUCACAAAAUGUUCUAGUUUUGUGGCGCAUUACAACCAAAUGGUUUGUAUGUUGCUAAGCUAGUUGGUUUGCAUCGUUUAAAAAUAGGACCCUUUUUUGUCCGCCUGAUUUCAAUUUUCGGUGAAUGCAGAACCACCUUUCAUGAACAUCCUUUUGGUUUUCCUUUUCCUUCCUUUUCAUUUCCAUUCUGGUAUCUCUGGGUGCCAUGUGUGCGUUUGGGUUCGUUGCCAUUUCUUAAUACUUUAAACAAUCGACGAUAAUUUUCCUUUUUUUAAUUUUUCUUAGAGGAUGUUUCAGUUCUCCGAUUUUUCCCGACCAACCCCGAGUAUCCGAAAGAACCGAAACUUAUCCUUUUUGUGAGACUACCUACUAUCAAAUGUCUACCAUAGUGUAGGAUCAUAAAGCAAGAAAAAUUAUCUCACACAAGUAAUCGUAACACUCAGCUAACCGUUCACGGAAUCGUUCAAUUGCUACCAUUCUCCAAAACGAUAAAAAACAUACAGUAACGGAAACAUGGAAACAA